GUAAGCCCAACACACAACACACUUAGCCAACUGCGAAAUGAACCUACGACGAGGAUGAAGGAGCUAGCAGCUGCGAAGACGGCGAAGUGAACCUGCGUCCUGCGAGGAAGACGUCAACUGCGGCGCCUACGUCGUCCGCCAGACCGCCGCUCCACCCAGCUGUGACCUGCCGCCCUGCAUCCGCCUCUGCGCUUCCCUCCGGGCUCCAGCCUCCAGCCGCUCCAGGAUGAUCCAGAAACUGGUGAGCAGUACUCAGCUCUUGAAAAUUGGAAAGAUCAACGUUUGACUCGUAGUGGUGAAUGGAGAACAAAAGAAGCACAUGAAAAAUAUACUCAAAUGAGCGAAGAGUACCAAACACAACUAGGACAAACAGGGUCAUCGUCUUCAAUAAAUGAGAUUGAUAUUAUGCACCGGAACUUGAGAAGAUAUCGCGGACGCCAAAGUGGAGUGGGUCCUACCCUAUCAAAGGGUGCAUCUCGACGAUUGGAAGAUGGGGCUACUUCAACGUUCCAAGACCACCGGGAUGUUCAAAUAAGUGAAUUGAAGGCAAAUCAAGAGUUGAUGCAAGCAAAUCAGGAGUUGAUGCUUCGUGCCCUACAACAAUUUAUUCCUGGCUUUCAACUUCCUUCACGUAGCUCCGCAAAUGAUGUUCCUUCGACAUCAAGUGCUAACCAACCUGAUCGGAGUCUCGAUGAACAUGAUCAAGAUUGAUAACAUCGAGUUGAAUAUGCUUUUUACUUUGUUAAGAUGAACAUGAAUUUAUUUAUGUUUACAUUUUGUGAUGUUGUUUGUAAUGAUUUAAUGAAACCGCGUUGUAGGAUAACUCACUUUUACUAUGGAUAUGGAAUGAAUUUAUUUGUUGUUGACAUUUGUUGUGUUUGGACAGAUUUUGGUAACAGUGG